GAGAACCGAUUAUUGUCACUGUCAUUAAUAUCCCACUCCUAAUUUGACGUGAUUUUCACAAAAUAUAAAAUUAACAGAAUAUUGCAACAGUACAUUUGUUUACAAACAAUUAUUCGUUUAAAUACAAAUCAGUGAUUCUUAAAAUACUUAGGCUAUUCAUAUUUAUACAUAAACAUACGUAUAUGUUCGCUUGUACGUGUGUGUGUGUUUGCAUAAGUGGUGCAUAAAAUUUGUAUAUUCAUCACAAGCAAGUUUUCUCUCCUUCAGAGGAGCGAGUGGAUUUUUUGUAAUUGUUUUGGGGCAUUUAUCCUGAUAGAUUUUAACUUUGGAAAAUUGUCCAAAAAGUUAGGUUGGCCGAAGCGAAGUUAACUAAAGUCUUUUGAAAUGGAUACAACAAAACCAAACACCAGGUACACGAGAGCAGAUCUUAUAGCUCUACGAUAUGAAGGCAAAAGUCGACAGCGCCCGCAAUGUACAAAUCGAACUGAGUUACAGACGUUGGGUUUUUGGAAAGUAAACCUUAACGCCGUUUCUCUCAGUGUGGUAAACAACUAUUCAAAUCAAAGUAAGAACCGGCUAUCUCCAGAGACGGAUAACUCUAGUCUAAAUUGUUCCAAUAGCGGGUCAAUAAGCUCGCGGCGCGCAAUGCGGAAUCGAGAGCGGGCGAAUAACUAUUACCAGCGUUUUGUACCUACAGAUUCCCUCCAAAUGUGCGGGGAGGAUAAAGAUAAAGAUAAGGAUGCGUCUGCGCAUGGGCAGUCCUUCAAGCCGCCCAUCAUCGAUCACCGCAGCAUAUCAUCGUCGCACCUAAUGCCGGCAUUUGCAAAGAGGCGCUUUGCCGCAGCGAGCGGUGGCACCAGCUCUGAGAACAACGAGGCGCCAUUAAACACCUGUGAUGAUGGAACAAGUGUAUCCCAAAGGGAAGGCAAGGGUAAAGCACCUAGUUCUCCUAACCGAAAAGGCAGCGAUCUAGAUAGUGGAGAAACACGUUUAAACUACGUCCAACCGGAUAACGACCAAUGCUUGUCAUCGUCGCCAACAUUUUCGACAACCCGCCAGGAAAGGCGGAUUGGCAGCGGUCGCCUGUUGCCCAGAAGUGAUAAUUGGGAUUACAAAACCCAAAAGACUAAGGAGUCCAACAUAGAGACUGAGAAGGAUGCGUCUCCAAAUGGAAGUGGAGGUGCAAGCGUUGCUAAUCAACACAAUCAAAUCCAACAUCGCCAGCGCACAUUCAGUGGAAGGUUGGUCGAUCGUGUUGCCGAACACACAGAUCGUCGUUUCCAAUAUGACACUAAAAGGUCAGUGGACAGACAGGGCGUUAGCAAUCGGCGCAUAUCGAAUAAGGAGUCUUGCAGUGGUCGUGGCAAACGCGCAAACUCCUAUCACAUACAUGAAGAACCAGAAUGGUUCAGUGCAGGACCAACAUCACAGCUUGAAACUAUUGACCUACACGGCUUUGACGAUGUAGAAAACAAUGAGGAGCGUUCCGAAAUGGAGGAUCGUAAUGAUCAAUUUCCACAACUUGAUAAAAAUGUAGCGGCGCAACCAACGAUCGAUGGAGCUUCGAGGAGAAGUAGCAAUGUCAGUUUACAUUUAAGCGAAGCAAAUCCAAGUGACGAUGUAAAAGACAAGGGCGAAAAUGUAUCGACUUUUAUUCAAAAUUCAUCAGAACUUAGCAAACAGAACAAAAACCAACCAAGUCAGUUUCAGUGCAGCCAAAGUUCUGAAAGUGAAUUCAAUUUUGAUGCCUUUCUUAACAUGCAUCCUUUGGAUAAUUCCCUUAUGAGUAAUGAUGGCAUUGAAAAAGGGGAAGCGAAGGGUACAUCACGCUUUAGCCGUUGGUUUUUACAUAAAGAAACUGGAAUUAAUAAUGAGCUUCCCGGUUUGCGAGAAUCGCAUGCUCAAGAAAAACUUGGUAUUCCGAGUGUAAAGGAUUUGGAAGCACAAAUGACUAAAGUGGACAUGCGGAACGAUUUUGUGAAUCCAAUAGGAGGACCAUUCUCUCAAAUAGUGCAAGCGGAAAAACCUAUUGCCAGAGACACUGAGGCAUUCAAAAAACUUCUGCAACAGUUGGGCUCUCAAUCCAGACAGCCUCAUCCUAGCAAUGAAGUUUUCCAUGUAAUAAACCAUUCAAAUAUAACAAAUCAUGAGCAACUUGAGUCAAAUCCACAGCAUAAGUUAAAUGACAGCCAUCCGCAGCAGUCAGCACAAAGUGUCCACGUGCCAAAUAUUCCGACUAAUAGUCACGUAUUUACGCAAAAACGUAUGGAAAUCCAUCAUCUAAUACAAAGCCUCAUUUGCGGAGACGUUUCACUGGACUUUUUGGAAAAGGAGUUAGGUAAUCCUACCACUCCGCCUUCCACAAAGGAGGUUAUUGCUACAGUCCUCCGUGAAUAUUCGCAUAAUAAACGGAAUCCUGUGGCCACGGUGGAUCCCAACAUUUUUAAUCAUUCAUCGUUUCUUCAAGCUCAACCAGUCCAUCAGCAUUAUUCUGAAGAAUUGCUUUCGCAAAAUACUGCCAACCAUGCGAUUAAUCAGCUAAUUGCCCACGGUAACUCGCCAACUCCUUUGGCCUUUACUCCUACAUCAGUACUAAGGAAAAUGACAGCCGAUAAGGAUACAACUCAAGCACCAAGCACGUCUCAUAGCCAGCAGCCACAGUAUCAAAUGCACCCACAGCAUGCCAAGCAACUUAGUACGCACACGAACGUACAUGAGCCGCAGCCAACUAUGGCCGUACAGCCUCGAAUGAUAUUAGGCGGUGGAAACUUUGCCAUUGGUCCCAAUAACCAACAAAUGUCUCCCAAUAUGCAGCAAUGUCGUAGUCAGCAAGGGUUAAAAUGGACUCCUGGAAAUAUGCAAAUGGUGCAAGGAAAAUCAUUUGGUCGCCCUAUACUGAAAGGAGGCCUUAAUUCCAUGCCGCAACCAAAUCCCGCAGUUACUUUUCCUACACAUAAAAUCGAAAUGCAGACAGUUCAUCCACAUCAGCAGCUGCAACAACAACAACACAGGUUUAAAUCAGUGCAAUCUGUGGAAUCCAUGUUGAAUACUGAGAAUGUUCAUCAAAACAUUCCAUCUCCUGUUGGAUGGCAUCAACUUUUCUUGCAACAUCAGCAGCAGCAGCAGUCUCGGCAGCAACCUAGGCCCAGGGUGAUCUAUGGAGAAAUGCACCGUCAAUCGAAUCUACAAAUGUCAUCACCAGUACCAGGGUUUCCUGACAGCUCCGAUUCUGGGAAUGUGAUCAAAAAUAAUAACAUCGCAUCUCCCGGCUACCACAGGGAUGAUCGUAUGCCAUCACCAACCAAUAAUCAAUUGGCACAAUGGUUUUCUCCGGAGCUCCUUGCAAAAGCUUCAGCUGGAAAACUGCCUCUUUUAAAUAUGAACCAAGCGCUAAGUUUAGAAGAAUUUGAACGUAGCAUUCAACAUUCCUCAGCCGUUGUGCACAAUUAAUUCUUUAAGAAAGAUUGAAGUUCAAAACAGUAUAAUUAGAAUUUAAAUGGAUUCAAAUAUUUUAAUGUUUGAAAUUAAUUUUUUGUUUAUGCCUAGAAAUAUGUGUAUAUUGGCACGAUCCCUAUUUUAAAUGGCUUGGACAUUUAAAUUUGGAGCAUGUAACAGUAGUUUUCUAAAAAAUAAUAUAAAUUAACUCAAACUAUUUAAAGUAUGUAUUUGCAGAUUGUAGUUGAUCAUAUUGUAAAAAAAAUAUUUUACUGUAAAUAAUACACAACCAAUUAUAUAAGCUUAAAA